AUGAAAUUGAAUGAACUUUUACAAACACCAGACGAAAUCGUGGACUUUUUCAAGGGGUUGAUUUUUUCCAAGGAUGAUAAGCAGUCUCUUUUUGAUGGUUCCACCAAGGAAAUGGUUAGCGUUGACAUGCUGAAAGAGAAGAAUAUUCUAUUGUUCAUUUCAAGCUUGAACAUCUCCAGUGAUGACAUCUCGACUUUGAUUCCAAUUUAUAUUGGAAUAAGGAAGAAGGACAAGUUCAAAAUUGUAUGGAUCCCAAUUGUGGAGCAGUGGACCAAUUACCUGCGAAUGCAAUUUGAGAUGUUGCGGUCUGAUAUGCCAUGGUACAUAAUGCAAUACUUUUCACCAGUAGCAGGAAUCAAGUUCAUUAAGGAGGAGUGGCACUUUGAUAAUGAGCCUAUUGUCGUGGAGCUGAACUCGCAAGGGGAUGUCAAAAACAAAGAUGCACUCGACUUGAUUCGGGAAGUCGGAAUGGAUGCACUAGUUGCAAGUAGAGGUAGAGGUUGGUAUAUUCCGGAGACGGCUUUCAGCAAUGCACGUGGACCUCAUGAAAAUGACGUUUGCACUUUCUACUGUGGAGGCAACGACACAAAAUGGAUCCAACAAUUUUGCAAAAAAUUUAAUGUUGUGGCUGAGGAUCCAUUGAUAGCUGAAGCUGAACACAUUUUCAUAAAAUUGCAUUUUGUUGGAAAAGACACCAAACAGAGGCGUAUUGACGAGGAUAUUCAAGAGUUAUUGCGUCCCUUCAAGAAGGAGCGUAGAUGGGCCAUGUUCAUGAAUGGUUUUAAUGAGGUAAUCAAUAAAGAUGGGGCGACAAUUGUGGCCUUCUUGGAGAGAUUUGAACAGUGGAAGGGGAAUGUGCGAAGGAGAGGCAUAGAGACUUGCUUCAAACUGGUCCCCUGCCAUCAACAUCAACGUCAAUGA